CCCAGGGUGUUGUUAACACCUGAACGGAGUGCGCAGUGGACGGUCAGGGCGCCAGAGCAGGAGCCCUCUGGAGCCUCGGGUAGGGGAGUGAAACUGGAACCGUCGGGGAACAUGAGUGAAUUUUGGCACAAACUGGGCUGCUGUGUGGUAGAGAAACCCCAGCCGAAGAAGAAGAGGCGACGGAUCGACCGGACAAUGAUUGGGGAACCAAUGAAUUUUGUCCACCUGACUCACAUUGGCUCUGGGGAGAUGGGGGCUGGAGACGGAUUUGCCAUGACAGGCGCGGUGCAGGAGCAGAUGAGAUCCAAGGGAAACCGAGACAGACCAUGGAGCAAUUCCAGGGGCUUGUAGCUCCAACAGGAAUGGUUCUGCUGUCCGAAGCUUCCCUCUGUCCAGCCCAGAAGAGAUGCUGCCCCCUCCAGAUCCCUCCUAGAACCAGUGCCCCCAGGGCCCCCUUUUCCCCCCUCUGCCUCAUAGUGCCUCGGAAGGCUUGGGGGCUGGCCUCCCUCCACUCCCUCUGGCUGUAGCCCCUCCUGGAGAUGGGGUCAAAGCAGCAGGACUGACCAAGUGACUACUCGUUGGCCAGAGGAGCGCAGCUGAAGCCCUGGACGCUCUCAGAUCUGAAACGGGAGUUUCUGGGAACCUGGAAAGAGUUCCCUUCUCCUGAAUGACGGUCUACGGGCCACCUGUUUUUAAACUCUGAACCUGGAGCUCCUUAAGUGGCAGAUGGGUGAGGUUACCAGAGCUGAAGCUGGCUUUGCCGAGCAGCUCCUACCUCCCUGCCCUCGCCUCCUCCCUCUCGCGAUGAACUGACGCAGACGUCAAGCAGGGGCUGGGAGGGUGACCACUGCCUGGGCUACUCUCUCUUCAUCUCAGACCUUAAGCUCACCGCUCGUCAGUACCUCUCUACCAGAUCCAGCGUCUUUCUCUAGUUAGGCCCCUGUCCCUGUUUCGUAGCAUUGCUAGCUCCUCGGCACCUUUCCCUCUUUUUUAAAUUAAUU